UUUUCAGCUGUUCAUUGCUCUGACUUUGAAAGUUUAUCAUAUGGUCCAGAUGUUUUAUCUGGAAAAGUAUCUCCAACUGAAAAACCACAUGAAACUACAACAAAAAAAUCAGGAUUUUUUAGUGGAAUAAAAAAACUUUUUGGUGGAGGAAAAACAACAACUACUGUUGAACCGCCAACAGAAAAAGCUGUUUUAACAAGUUCAACUACAGCAAAACCAAUCAGUACAUCAACAACUCCAGCACAAAAACCUAGUCAAAAUCGUGAUUUUGUUGCUCCCACUGCAAGUUCAACUUCAACAACCACUACAACAACAGUCAAACCUCGUGUGAAUCCCAAUUUGCCUACAAAUAUUGGUGGACCUAGUGGAAUAAAUCAAAUUAGUAGUUCAACAACAACCACCACUUCAAAACCGGAUAAUCGAAGAGAUUAUGUAGCACCACCUCGUCCACCUUCUCCUGGUAUGCCACAAAAUCCACAACAGGCUUCUACAAUUACAAGUACUACAACUGUAAAACCAGAUAAUAGAAGAGAUUAUGUUGCGCCAAUAAGGCCUUCUAUUCCACCAAAACCUACAAGUCCGCAAGCUUCUCAAGGAAAUGUACCUACAUUCCCUACAGCACCAUCAAAUAGACGUGAUUAUGUUAAUCCCAAUAUACCAAGCACACCAAAAUUCCCUAUUGGUACUCCAUCACAAGGUCCACCUGCUGUUCCUCCAAGGCCAGGAUCACAAAGUCCACCUGCUGUUCCUCCAAGAUCAGGAGCACCAAAUAUUUUGAAUGAAAAAGAUUUUCCACCACUUGGACCAUCUAGAGGCGGUAAUCAAAAACCGACAGCUUCUCCGUCUGGAAGUUCUGGAGGUGGUGUGAGUUUUGUGCCACAUUCUCCCGGAGCACCUACAAAAUCUAGUAAUAAAAAUCAAUUGGCAAAAGAUGAUGAACUUUCAACUUUAACAGAAAAUUUACUGAGCAAAGAUGUUAACAAUCAAAAUGAAUUCGUAACAAUAAAUCUUCAAGGAAAAACAAAAUCUACAGAUCGGACUGAUGAAGCACCUGAAAGUUUACUAGAUGUUAAAGAUCAAGCUUUACAAAGUCCGACAAUUGCGAAAAUGCGACUUCUUUACAAUAACUAUGAAGUAGAUACAUCCAUAAAUGAAUAUGUCACACCAAUAGAACAUAAAGAAGAGAAUGAUUUUGUAGAUGCUAUAAUGGCUACAAGUGUAAUGAGGGCAGCUAUGCAAUUUCUACAAACCAAAGGAAUUGUAACACCAGAUCCUAAAACUCAUCGAGAAUAUGUCAAAACGUUAUGGUUCACAUUAUACUCUAGAGGCGGUGGUCGUAUUGGAAGUAGUGCAUUUGAACACGUUUUCUUAAAUGAAAUUAAAAAUGGCACAGUAAUAGGAAUGCAUAAUUGGGUCUACUAUUAUGAAGAGGAGAAAUCAGGAAAUGCUGAUUAUAAGGGUUAUAUUAGAAAAGUAGAUUUAGGGACUAAAGGAACUAUAUUGAAAUAUCGAUUUAAUUACAAUGGAUUAGAAAAGUAUGCAAAUACAUUAUUCAUUGGAACUUCACCUGAAUUGGAAAUGGCAAUUUAUACAGUAUGUUUUGCUGUAAGAGCCGAUCAAGAUUGUCCAAUAUCAUUAAAUCAACAAAAAAUUAAUAUAGUAACACAUACAUGGAAAUAUAGAGGAAAACAAUUAAUUGGUAGCGCAUAUCCUGAAAUUUAAAAUUUUUAAUUUAUAAAAAAAAAGAAACCGAAUAGAUACAAUACUCAAAUUUUGUAUAAAAAAAUUUAAUAAAUAAGAUCUAAGUAUGUAUGUACAUAUGUUACAAAUUAUGUAAUAUGCA